AAAUAUCGCACAACACUUCAUUUACACUGCGAGCGCGACAAUAACCCGAUCUGUCCCGUGAUCGCCGCAGCUUCUGCUCAUUAUUACCGGCAGCGUUCGCGAGAGUCCAGAACUCUGCGCGUGGACAGUCUGUGAGCUCGCGCUUCAGCAGGAGGAGGUGGGCCCAGACAGCUGCGUUGAAUAGAAUGGGAGCCUUCUAGUUUAGUCAGUGUAGAUGGGGUGUAAUGGUUCAGUCCGAGGCGCGAACACCUUUGGGACUGAGCAUCUCUUCUGUCAUACGUAAGCGUGACUCCGUACAGUCUACACGGGGAUCCUCCCCGGUCGUGACGGUGCGACAGGGCUAUUAAGAUGCGCGUCGUUUUUAAAACGCAGGCAGUUGAGUAAACAAAUCAAUACAAGCCGUGAUCAACAAGCGUAUUCCCGCAGUAAUGUAAAGAUGGCGAGACUGCUUCAUAACUUGCUGUUGAUGAUAGUCGGGCUGACGCUGAAGAUCAGAGUUAUGGGAUACUGGUCUCUCAUCUAUGGAUACUGCGCGCUAUGCACGGGCGUAGCGCUGCUCAAACUUGGCUGGAAUAUCAUCCUACGACCGUCAACAACCUUUCAGUGGACGGUUCGUGAGACACCCCCAGCGUGCCUGAAUGACACGUCCUUGGGAACCCACUGUUAUGUUAGAAUCAAGGAGUCUGGACUCAGAUUUCACUAUGUUGCUGCUGGAGAACGAGGAAAGCCACUUAUGCUGUUUCUGCAUGGAUUCCCUGAGUUUUGGUUCUCUUGGCGUCACCAGCUGAGGGAAUUUAAGAGCGAGUUCCGUGUCGUUGCCGUGGAUAUGCGAGGCUAUGGGGAGUCUGACCUGCCCUCCUCCACUGAGAGCUACCGACUGGACUACCUUGUCACUGACAUCAAGGACAUUGUGGAGUAUCUGGGAUACAACAGAUGUUUUCUCGUGGGGCAUGACUGGGGUGGCAUCAUCGCAUGGCUCUGUGCAAUUCACUACCCUGAAAUGGUGACAAAACUCAUAGUGCUGAACAGUCCUCACCCCUGUGUGUUCACUGAUUAUGCCCUUCAUCACCCCAGUCAGAUGCUCAAGUCAAGUUACUACUUUUUUUUUCAGUUGCCAUAUUUCCCAGAGCUAAUGCUGUCCAUCAAUGAUUUCAAGGCACUGAAGAGUCUGUUCACCAGCCGCAGCACAGGCAUCAGUUGUAAGGGCCGUUGGCUCACCACGGAAGACCUCGAAGCAUACCUGCAUGCCUUCUCACAGCCAGGGGCCCUCACUGGGGCCCUCAACUACUUCAGAAAUGUCUUCAGUGUCCUCCCACUGAGUCACAGUGAGGUAAAGUCUCCUGUAUUGCUGCUGUGGGGAGAAAGAGACGCCUUCCUGGAGCAGGACAUGGCCGAGGCCUGCCGUUUGUACAUCAGAAACCAUUUCCGUCUCAACAUCAUCUCUGGAGCCAGUCACUGGCUUCAACAAGACCAGCCUGACAUCGUCAAUACUCUCAUAUGGACUUUCAUUAAGGAGGGAGAAGGCCGGAAAAACUACAGGAACUUAUAAUGGGGUCCUUCUCCCUCUGAGCUCGCCUGAAGAGGGGACCAGGGAAAUGCCUGUGAAAACAAACCAAUGUAAUGAUUAAUGCAAUCAUUGUUUUAAAUUUGAUACAUGUAAGAUAUAGAAACAAAUCAAACUUCAGUGAAGCGGAAAAAGAACAAAAGCACAUUUAAAUUGGAGGGGUUGCAUAGAGAGUAGUGUGUUUAAUCUAUUUUUCUCAAGUUUGCACAUGACAUUCGCCUUAAGGUUUCUUGGUGACAGUGUUUAAAAGUGUGUUGCAAAAUAUCUGUAAGUUGUAUUGUGUGGUGCCUUUCGACAUACCAUUUUGCAGCAUAAAAGAUGUGCCAUGUCUUUUUGAGACCGAGCUGUGGGUUGUCAGUCGUUUGUAUCAUCGGAUUUGCUACUCUCUGUAACACAGUCUUAUGGGAAUCCUUAACCCCUCUUCCAGGUAGUGUUGUCUUAGUGGAAGAUAUUCUUUUUUGUAUCUUUGACAAUAUUUGGCUUAAACAUUUGAGAAUGUCAUUAUUUUGAUCUUCCUGUAUGAUAAAACAAAGUGAUGUUUCAAUAUUGUACACUUUUUUGUAUCUCUUCCUAAACACUGCAUCUAAGAAAGUAGAACCAGCUCUGCACCAUUUUGAUUUUCUAAGCAAAUAAAUUAUAGCGGAAACUUA